AUGUACCCGCUCCAGCGCUGCCGCAAACGCAUGUUACGAAUGCUGGUGCAUCCCGGCGAGCUGGCUCUUUUUGGCUUACUUUGGAUACUCAUCGCGGAGACGCCGACGCACUGUUCCAGGAUAGGAGUCUGGAAACGCGCACUGGAUGCCACGGAGCUCAGAGCGGUUUCGCUGAUACAAAAAACCAAAGGUACUGUUGAGGCGGCACAUGGCACAGGAGCUCCCAAAGAAGAGAGGAAAACCCCGUCGUCAUUAAUGACUCAAAAUAGUCAGGAGAAAAAUGGAUUUAAUUUUGCAUCACCCACUGGACCAGGAAAGCAACCCGUGUUUGCUCAAGGAGACGACGCCACAGACAAUCAAGAUAAGAACAAGAAUUUAGCUGCACUGAGGGAGACUGAAGCCAUUGCAACAAAAAUUGGAUUGAAAAGCUCAUAUGUGCAGUUGGCUUCAGGGAUAGCAGAGAAGGGGAAAUUACUUCAGAUUUAG